AUGUCUGUCCAGGAGGCAUCCCAGCGGCCCGCGUCGCCUUCACCCCUCAAACCUGAGGCCAAACCAAGACCGGACAUCCCUCCCAAACCGUCGCCACAAACCAGCUCCCCUCCUCCGGGAGAAAAAGUCAGCGGCGCGAGCCUUUCUGGAGGGAAGGUCAAGAAUAUUGUGAACAAGUUUAGCCAAAAGGAGCCAGUUGAAUUGGGGAAAAAACCCACCAAUGGUACCGCGGAAGUGCUGCGUAUUAAACGCUACAGAAGGCCGCCUACGGUAAAGCCCAAACCGGGCCGCACCAGUCUGCAGCUUCAGAUCGGGGGAGAGAGGGCGCCUCCGCUGCCUGUGAAGAGGAGGCAGAGAGAGAGCGAGCGAGGAGAGGAGGUGGAGAGCAUCUGUGUGGGAGGAAGACGAUCAGCGCCUGAUGGAAAAGAGGUGGAGAUUCGUCUGAUUGGAGGAGGUGAACCGGAGACGGAGCACAGUCCUCACACACCUCUCAGUCCAUGCUGCGACCCAGGCUGCAGCUGUGUGUGCCACCACCAGCGGCCUGGGAUGAAACUAAUAUGGGUGCCCGUGGACGUGGAGGUGGAGGUAGGAGAUGGAGACGACUAUGAAACUGAUGAGGAAGAGCAGGAGUAUUGGGAUAAAGAUAUAGCGGUAGUGACGGUAUUGGACAAGGACAGUGACGCAGGGGAAGAGGUGGACUGGAUUCCUGUGGUUGAUGAAAGUGAAGUGUUGAAACAACACGAAAAGGCAAAGUUCCACCAAUGUUUGGAUGUUCUGAUCGCCGAUGGUCACAGGAGACUUUCGGACCCGGGCCCUCGCUCCGUUCUCUCCUCUCUCGAUGUCACUCGCUCCCACUCUCCCCCGGUUCCCCCCAAACGGGCACAGUCACCACAAAUUCACCACUUAUCCACUCAAAACGAAGAAGAAAAUAUAUACGAGGCCACGCUCCCAGUGGUCAACCCCAAUACUAGAAAGUCCACAUCUGUGUGUAAGGAACCGGACAUUCCUCGUAUCAAGGUACGCAAACCACCUCGCCAGUCUAAACUGUCCUACAGCACCUCAGACCCGACGUCAGAGUUUCAGACGGACACCAAACCCGUCUCCAGCCCGGGCGAGGUGCCGCCUGCCGUCCCGCCGAGGAUGCCUGUGGCUCAUGACGGCCGCAGCCUCACGCCGGUACACCGGGGCGUUCUUCUACCUCAGCCCACACUGGAGGAGUGGCGUAACUUGCGGCCCUCGUCCCCUAACGGCGCCGGUGGGCCGAGCCCUCAGAUGUCCAACCCCCCUCUCUCACUCAGCCCUCAAAGACCCCCACCUCCACCACCAAAGACGGACCCCAAGAGGCUCAGUAGUGCCUCAACGCAAUCCCUCACACAGAUUGCAGAAGGAUACGUAAAUGGAGGGAAUGAGGGGGAGAAAGAGGAUAUAGCUGAAGAACCGCGUCCAGUCAGGAGCGACUCCCUCAGGAGGGUGUCCUCGUUCAGCUGGGAGUCCCGGCUGCAGGAUGAACCUAUGUACCAGACGUACCGGGCCACCGUCAUCACCAAGGAGAUCCGACGCCAGACGGUCUGUCGCAACAUCAGUAAAAGUAGCGUGGACUACGCCAUGGACUGGCCAGGCCAUCGCUCCGGUACUGGAACCGGUACUGGAACCGGCACUGGAACCGGAGCACCGAGGGACGCCCCUGGGCCCGCAGCGAGCCAGAGCACCCUGUGGCAGGACCUCCCAGCUGUGCGGGAGGGAGGGGUGCUGGAGCAGCUUACCCCCGAGCAGUGCAAGUACCAGGAGAGUAUGUUCGAGGUUUUGACGUCCGAGGCCUCUUACCUUCGAUCCCUGCGAGUUCUGACCGAACACUUCCUGAACAGCCGGGAGCUGGAGGCGACGAUGAUCAUCAGAGAAAGGAAAACCCUCUUUUCCAACAUCCUGAGGGUCCGAGAGGUCAGCGAGAGGUUCUUGAAGGACCUGGAGGAACGCAUAUUCAAGGAGCUGGUCUUUCAAGACAUCUGUGACAUCAUCCACUACCACGCCCAGCACAACUUCCCGGCCUACAUCGACUACGUCCGCAACCAGAUCUACCAGGAUAAGACCUACACCUCGCUCUUGAAGAGCAACGCACAGUUUGCUACGGUCAUCACUCGUCUCCAAGAGUCACCUCAAUGUCAGCGGCUGCCCUUCAUGUCCUUCUUGCUGCUGCCCUUCCAGCGGAUAACACGCAUCAAAAUGCUCAUUGAGAACAUCCUGAGGAGAACAAAGGAGAAGACGACAGAGGAGCAGACGGCCUCCAAGGCUUUGGCUUCGGUGUCGAAGCUCAUCGAUGAGUGUAACACACAGGUGGGAAAGAUGAGACAGAUGGAGGAGCUAAUCCAUGUCUCUCAGACACUGGAGUUUGACAAGCUCAAGGCCAUCCCGAUCAUCUCCCAGACACGAUACCUGGAGAAGAAAGGGGAGCUGCAGGAAAUGUCCAAAGGAGGGACCCUCUUCAACAUGAGGUCAAAGUUCAUCCCUGUCUACCUCUUCCUCUUCAAUGAUCUGCUCAUCAUCGCUGCCAAGAAAGGUGCAGAGCGUUUUGUGGUACUCGAUCACGCCCACCGCUCUCUGGUACAGGUGCAGCCAAUAGAAGAAGGUGGGGGCGGCGUCGGCCACUUAGAGCUCUGCUUCAACCUCACCCUGCUGGAAAAUCACCAGGGACGCAUGAUGGAGAGGCUGCUCAAAGCUCCCUCCCAGUCAGACAUGCACAGGUGGAUGGCGGCUUUCCCCAACCCGACCAACCCAGACAGUGAUGAAAAUGAAGUGAUUUAUGAGGACUGGGAUUGUCCCCAGGUGCAGUGCGUGGAGCAGUACAUCGCCCAGCAGGCAGACGAGCUCGCCCUGGAGCCCACUGAGAUCGUCAACAUCGUCCGCAAAACCAAUGAGGGCUGUUAUGAAGGCAUCCGCCUGUCAGACGGUCAAAAGGGCUGGUUCCCCGCAGCCAACGUCAUAGAAAUCACCAACGAGCAUGUGAGGCGACGAAACCUCCGAGAGCGCUACAGAGUGAUGCAGGCCGCAAGCAUGGUUGCCGGCAGCAAGACCAACACCUUGAAUUAGGAAUCAAUGGAUCAAGGACGUUUACAUUUAAAAUAGUUUUUUUUAAAAGGACGAUGUAUCGAUACAAACUCUAAAAAAGUUAACAACCAGGAAAUGAAACCUUAAAGGACAACAGUGACGAUCAUGAGAAAUCAUAACAGACCUGCAAUCACAACCUUAUUUAUACUACUGGAGGACACAAGUGUGAAGCUGGGACCUUGAGGUUGAUCAUUAACUACCAAGAGAGACUAUGUGAAUGUGCAUGCAUCCAUUCAGUAACAGAGAUCCAUAUCUUACAGCUGUAGUAGCGUUUACCUCUACUUGUUGUGAGCAUAUAGCCCUUCAUUAACAUCUCAUGGAACUGCACGUUUGAAAAGCCAAUCGUUCUAGCAAUUGUUUGUUAAGAAUGUAGAAACGUCCCACCUGCUGCAAAAGAAAAGGGUUGGGUGUUCCCGUUGAUGCCUCUUGUGUCAUCGUAGUCACAUGCUCACACAAGUUAAAGCCUCUCAUACCUGCCAUGCACAACAACAUUCUUGUGUCACUAAGUUGGCCAGAAUACAGGAUAUACAAGUUUUUAAGAAUCUUGGGGAAAAAAACGGUUUACAUGUUUAAAAAGUAAUUUAUCUCACCACAAGAAUUAUUAUUAUUUUUUUUUUUUUUUUUUAAAUCUAAUCAGGAAGUGCCUUUGAAUAAACUCACAACCCAGAACUACACAACAGGACUUUUAUCUGGAUCAUAUCAAGCGCAAGAACUUUGAAAAUGCAUGUAAAUGUGGGCUGAUCUGUACUGCCACUAUGACUUUUCAGUCGUUGUGCUGUUUUACUAUCCUGUUAGCUUGUGUCAGUAGCCAUUGUGGAAUAAUACUGUAGCUCCCCCUGCAGCUUGUUGUCAGUAAAGACGGGAUAUUAUUUGUGGAUCGAUACGCUGUACAUGUACAAUAUGUUGUAAAUAAU